AUGCUGAAGCAACUACAUGUGAAUAUUCCUUUCACUGAGGCAAUCACUCAGAUGCCUGGAUAUGCUAAAUUUCUGAAGGAAGUUUUAUCCAGCAAGAGAAAAUUGGAGAAAACAUCAGUAGUCAAGUUGAAUGCUCAUUGUAGUACCAUCCUUCAAAAUAAAUUACCUCAGAAAUGUGGUGAUCUAGGUAGUUUCACUAUUCCAUGUGCGUUAGGGGCUGCUAGAUUUGAGAAAUCCUUUUGUGACUCAGGAGCUUCUAUAAACCUCUUACCUUUGCUCAUAUUCAAAAAGUUGGAAGGAGAGCUCAGAAUCAUAAAAUCUAUCCCAAUAUCCUUACAAUUGGCUGACCAAUCCACCAUUAUUCCUGAAGGGGAUAGUUAA